AUGGCGACGCAACCACACGACUUAACCGUCGUGGCAGCCCUGUUCAGUGCCAUCGAGGAGCGCAAUGCGCUUCUCGAAACAAUCAAGAGUAAAGACGCGAUGUUGGAAGCAUGCCAGGCACAGAUAUCACAGCGCAUGAAAGAGAAAAUACUGUGUGAAAAGGCUCAGAAGAAGUUGGCAAAGUAUGAAGAGCUGCUCAAGAACAAUGGUCUAGAAGGAGUGGAGGAAGUUAUUGGCAAGCUGGAAGAUCUGAGUGAAAUGGUGGAGAAAUUGAAAUUUAGGACAGGAAAGGCAGAAGAGUCGGGAAAGGAUAUUGAGGAUAGUUGA